UGGGCAGCUGUUUGAGGACCCCGCACGGCUUUGUGGCAGCAGAGGCGCGAAAUGGCGGCUGAGUGACCCGGAGAGAAAUCCGGUGCGAAUCCCCGCCAUCCGCCACAGGAGCCACACCGUGUGUGUACCGGGGAAAGGUAUCUCGCUCCUCACGUGAUUCCACCAUCGGCUGAGUGACCCGGAGAAGAAUUUGGUGUGAAUCCGCUACAUGACACACCGCAUGUCUUCCGGGAAAAGGUAUCUCGCUCCUCACGUGACUCCACCAGCGGCUAAGUGACCCGGAGAAGAAUUUGGUGUGAAUCCCCGUCAUCCGCCACAGGAGACACACUGUGUGUGUACUGGGGAAAGGUAUCGCGCUCCUUACGUGAUUAUUCCAACAGUGGCUGAGUAACCCAGAGAAGAAUCUGGUGUGAAUCCCCACCAUCUGCCACAGGAGACACACCGUGUGUGUACCGAUAAAGGUAUUGCACUCCUCGCGUGAUUCCACCAGCGGCUGAGUAACCCGGAGAAGAAUCUUGUGUGAAUCCCCGCCAUCCGCCACAGGAGACACGCUGUGUGUGUUCCGGGGGAAAGGUAUCGCGCUCCUCACGUGAUUCCACCAGCUGUUGAUAUUGGUUCUCCGCCGCUAUGUUCCUGUACAAUAUAACGCUGCAGAGGGCCACUGGCAUCAGCUUUGCCAUCCAUGGAAAUUUCUCAGGAACCAAACUACAAGAGAUUGUUGUUUCCCGGGGGAAGAUUGUGGAGUUACUCCGACCCGAUGCCAACACAGGAAAAGUCCACACCUUGCUGACGGUGGAAGUGUUUGGGGUGAUUCGCUCUCUCAUGGCUUUCCGCCUGACUGGAGGCACGAAGGAUUACAUUGUGGUGGGCAGUGACUCAGGCCGUAUCAUCAUUCUGGAGUAUCACCCCUCCAAGAACAUGUUCGAGAAGAUCCACCAAGAAACCUUCGGAAAGAGCGGCUGUCGUAGGAUCGUCCCCGGGCAGUUCCUGGCUGUGGACCCCAAGGGCCGAGCUGUCAUGAUCAGUGCCAUCGAGAAGCAGAAACUGGUGUACAUCCUGAACAGAGAUGCAGCUGCCCGUCUGACCAUCUCCUCCCCGCUCGAGGCUCAUAAGGCGAACACUCUGGUGUACCAUGUGGUGGGGGUAGAUGUGGGCUUUGAAAAUCCCAUGUUUGCCUGUCUGGAGAUGGACUAUGAGGAAGCAGAUAAUGACCCAACUGGAGAGGCAGCUGCUAACACCCAACAGACACUGACCUUCUAUGAGCUGGAUCUGGGCCUGAACCACGUAGUGCGCAAAUAUAGCGAGCCUUUGGAGGAGCAUGGCAACUUCCUGAUCACAGUUCCUGGAGGAUCAGAUGGUCCCAGUGGAGUGCUCAUUUGCUCUGAAAACUACAUUACCUACAAGAACUUUGGAGACCAGCCAGAUAUUCGCUGUCCCAUCCCAAGAAGGCGGAAUGAUUUAGACGAUCCAGAGCGGGGAAUGAUCUUUGUCUGCUCCGCUACACACAAAACCAAAUCCAUGUUUUUCUUCCUGGCUCAGACAGAGCAGGGCGACAUCUUUAAAAUCACACUGGAGACUGAUGAAGACAUGGUCACAGAAAUCCGUCUGAAAUACUUUGAUACCGUUCCAGUGGCUUCGGCAAUGUGUGUUUUAAAGACCGGUUUUCUCUUUGUAGCUUCAGAAUUCGGGAACCAUUAUCUCUACCAGAUUGCCCAUCUGGGUGACGAUGAUGAGGAACCGGAGUUCUCCUCAGCGAUGCCCUUAGAAGAGGGAGACACCUUUUUCUUCCAGCCCCGACCCCUGAAGAACCUGGUGCUGGUAGAUGAGCAGGACAGUCUCUCUCCCAUCAUGACAUGCCAGAUUGCUGACUUGGCCAAUGAAGACACUCCUCAGCUGUACGUGGCCUGUGGCCGAGGUCCCCGCUCUUCUCUCAGGGUCUUGAGACACGGUCUUGAGGUGUCUGAAAUGGCCGUCUCAGAGCUGCCCGGUAACCCCAAUGCUGUGUGGACAGUUAGACGACACAUUGAAGAUGAGUACGAUGCGUACAUCAUAGUGUCCUUCGUGAACGCCACCCUGGUACUCUCUAUCGGUGAGACUGUAGAGGAAGUGACAGACUCUGGAUUUCUUGGGACAACCCCAACUCUGUCUUGCUCUCUGCUAGGAGAAGAUGCCCUAGUGCAGGUGUAUCCUGAUGGAAUCCGUCAUAUUCGUGCAGACAAGAGAGUCAAUGAGUGGAAGACUCCAGGGAAAAAGAUCAUUGUGAAGUGUGCGGUCAACCAGCGUCAGGUGGUGAUCGCUCUGACUGGAGGGGAGCUCGUCUACUUUGAGAUGGACCCUUCAGGGCAGCUAAAUGAGUACACGGAGAGGAAGGAAAUGUCUGCCGAUGUGGUGUGUAUGAGUCUGGCCAAUGUACCACAAGGGGAGCAGCGAUCGCGCUUCUUGGCUGUUGGUCUUAUAGAUAACACAGUCCGGAUAAUUUCUCUGGACCCUUCGGACUGUCUACAGCCUCUCAGUAUGCAGGCCCUCCCUGCCCAGCCCGAGGCCCUCUGUAUAGUGGAGAUGGGAGGGGCAGAAAGACAAGAUGAGCUGGGAGAACGAGGCUCCAUUGGCUUCCUCUACCUUAACAUAGGACUUCAGAACGGAGUACUGCUAAGAACUGUGUUAGACCCGGUAACAGGAGACUUGUCUGAUACCAGAACCCGGUACUUGGGGUCACGGCCUGUCAAACUUUUCAGAGUCCGGAUGCAAGGUCAGGAGGCGGUGCUUGCUAUGUCCAGUCGCUCCUGGCUCAGCUAUUCUUACCAGUCCCGCUUUCACCUGACACCGUUGUCCUAUGAAACACUGGAAUACGCGUCUGGCUUUGCGUCUGAACAAUGUCCGGAGGGUAUUGUAGCAAUCUCAACUAACACACUGAGAAUUUUGGCGUUGGAGAAGUUGGGUGCAGUGUUUAAUCAGGUGGCCUUCCCUCUUCAGUACACCCCACGCAAGUUUGUCAUCCACCCCGAAAGUAGCAAUUUGAUCAUUAUAGAAACUGAUCACAAUGCUUACACGGAAGCCACCAAGGCUCAGCGCAAGCAGCAGAUGGCAGAGGAAAUGGUCGAAGCUGCAGGAGAGGAUGAACGAGAACUGGCAGCAGAAAUGGCGGCAGCAUUCCUGAAUGAGAACUUGCCUGAAUCGAUCUUUGGAGCUCCCAAAGCAGGCAAUGGGCAGUGGGCGUCGGUCAUCAGGGUUUUGAAUCCCAUCCAGGGAAACACAUUGGACCUGGUACAGCUGGAGCAGAAUGAGGCGGCAUUCAGCGUGACCGUGUGUCGGUUCAGUAACACUGGGGAUGAUUGGUAUGUCUUGGUAGGCGUGGCCAAAGAUCUUAUACUGAACCCGCGUUCGGUUGCUGGAGGAUUGGUGUAUACCUACAAGUUGAUAAACAAUGGGGAGAAACUGGAAUUUGUACACAAGACCCCAGUAGAGGAAGUUCCAGCCGCUAUUGCACCCUACCAGGGGCGAGUCCUGAUAGGGGUGGGCAAAUUGCUGAGGAUCUAUGACCUGGGAAAGAAGAAGCUUCUGAGGAAGUGUGAAAACAAGCAUGUUCCAAACUUCAUCGUGGGGAUCCAAACUAUUGGACACAGAGUGAUCGUGUCAGAUGUCCAGGAGAGCUUGUUCUGGGUGCGGUAUAAGCGAAAUGAGAACCAACUGAUCAUAUUUGCUGAUGACACACACCCCCGCUGGGUGACCACCUCUUCUUUGCUGGACUAUGAAACGGUUGCUGGGGCAGACAAGUUUGGGAAUAUCUGUGUGGUUCGUCUCCCUACCAACACAAAUGACGAUGUGGAUGAAGAUCCUACUGGUAACAAGGCACUGUGGGACAGGGGACUUCUUAAUGGAGCUUCUCAGAAGGCGGAGGUGAUCAUGAACUAUCAUGUAGGAGAGACUGUGCUAUCGCUGCAAAAGACCACCCUGAUUCCUGGAGGAUCAGAGUCCCUGGUCUACACUACUCUGUCAGGCGGGAUUGGAAUCCUUGUCCCGUUUACUUCUCAUGAGGAUCACGACUUCUUCCAGCAUGUAGAGAUGCACUUGCGUUCGGAGCACCCCCCAAUCUGUGGCCGCGAUCACCUCAGCUAUCGAUCUUAUUACUUCCCUGUCAAGAAUGUGAUUGAUGGAGAUCUGUGUGAGCAGUUCAACUCUAUGGAGCCGAUUAAACAGAAGAGUGUAGCAGAAGAAUUGGACAGGACGCCUCCUGAAGUCUCCAAGAAACUUGAAGAUAUUCGAACCCGUUAUGCUUUUUAAUGUGAAACUACGAACGUUGGCAGGGUCCUACACCUCCCUCCUGUUUUUAUUUUAUUUUUCAAUGAUGGGUCUGCCGAUAUCAAUGUGUGGACGACUGCCGUGCAAGGACUUGUGGGCUGAAUUCUGUCAGCAUGUAAUGGCGCUGCUGGGUCGGCAUUGCGAUUUGUGUACAGUGUGUAGUGGAGCCAUCUCUCCUUCCCAUCGGGUGCAUCUUGUAAAUAGCAUUUUGUAAAAUUAUAUUUUGUUUUUUUGUUUUUAAUUUGAUGUUCAGUCGAUUUGCAGAACACUUUGGAAUGGCACAUUCUGGCUAUCUUGUCCGACUGAAGGCAAAUAAAAGAUGUUUUUCUA